CGCUUACACAAUGUCUCGGGUCGUACCUCCUUCCGCAACCCUUACAUGCGUUAGCCCAUUAAACGUGAUUGUCCAACCCUCUAAAAAGAGGCUGAUAUUGGACUUGCGGCAUGUCAACUCAUUCCUCUCGGUGCCUCGUUUUCGAUACGAAGGACUUACUCGCGUUCCUGAUUUGGUGCAAGAAGGCGAUUGGCUAUUCACCAUCGAUCUCAAAUCUGGGUACCACCACGUCGACAUCCACCCCGCCUUUUGGCGGUUUCUCGGAUUCUCCCUGCAAGGGCAGGACUACCAAUUCCUCUCCUUGCCUUUCGGGCUGGCUACAGCGCCAUUUGUGUUUACCCAGUUAAUUAAGCAACUCUCCAAACGCUGGCGUAGCCGUGGCAUCCGCCUUAUUCCAUACGUCGAUGAUAUCCUAUUCAUUAGUGCCACUCGAACGGAGGCACUUCACAACCGCUCCAUAAUCAUCGCCGACCUUGCAGCCGCGGGCUUCGUAGUGAAUUUAAAAAAAUCACAACUCGCGCCGGCACAAUCGUUGAAGUUCUUGGGCCUCUUGCUGGACACGCGCACCACCACAUUCUCUUGACCGUUAUGCCUUUAGCGGUGCCGGUCUUC